UUGGAGUCUUUUGUAGGGACAGAAAGCUGCCUCCACAAGUCACACACUAUCCGGGAUCCUUUCCCAAGAAGAGCUGGCUCACCUCCCACUCAGCAUCCCACUGCCAGAAGCACACCUCUCAUAGGACAGCCAUGGAUGCCAACCUCAGUGGGGUGCCCGAGUUCCUAUUACUAGGCUUGUCACAGGACCCCAGACAGCAGCAGCUGCUCUUCUCCGCCUUCCUGAGCAUGUACCUACUCACAGGCCUAGGGAACCUGCUCAUCAUCCUGGCCAUUGCUGCUGAUCCCAGGCUACACAGCCCCAUGUACUUCUUCCUGGCCAACCUGGCCUUUGUCGAUGUCUGCUUCACCUCCACCACCAUCCCCAAGAUGCUGGCCAACCAUGUGUCAGGAUAUAAAGGCAUCUCCUACUCUGGUUGCCUCACACAGAUGUUCUUCUUCAUCUGGUUUGCAGGCAUCGACAGCUUCCUGCUGACUGCCAUGGCCUACGACCGCUUUGUGGCCAUCUGUCACCCUCUACAUUAUACAACCUUGAUCACGCCCCGGCUCUGUGGCUUCCUGGUCACUGCAUCCUGGGCCUCGGCCUUUGCAAAUGCCCUGACCCACACAGUUCUUCUGACUCGCCUCUCGUUCUGUGCCCACAACCAGGUCCCCCACUUCUUCUGUGACCUCAGCCCACUUCUGAAGCUGGCCUGUUCAGAUACCUCUCUCAAUGACAUCAUGGUGUACACUGUGGGCGCGCUGCCCAUCAUCACCCCCUUCGUGGGCAUCUUGAUUUCCUACACACGCAUCUUUACAGCAGUGCUGAGGGUACCAUCUACAGGAGGGAAAUGGAAAGCGUUCUCCACCUGUGGCUCCCAUCUCUCCGUGGUGUCCCUCUUCUAUGGGACACUGAUUGGGGUGUACUUCAGCCCAACAUCCUCUCACACAGCCCAGAAAGACACGGCAGCUGCAGUGAUGUACACUGUAGUCACCCCCAUGCUGAACCCCUUCAUCUAUACCCUGAGGAACAGAGACAUGAAAGGCGCCCUGGGGAGCCUUGUCCGAAGGACAGCGGUCCUUGUUCGGUAG